AUGUACAUGGUGAUCAUCAAAGGUUUAGUGAGCAGCAGCAGUUCCCUGAUGAGAAUGAGUCAAGUCACCGCAUUGUUUCUGAUCAGCACAGUGACAAUUGGCACAUUUGCAGUCUCCUUUGCAUCCAGCUGGACAGCAUUUCUUCUCACUUGCCUCCUCACAACAGAACUUCUCACAACAUUUGUCACCGGAGCAUUCACAUUUGUCUCCACAUUUGCAGUGCUUGUUUUUACAGUCUGA